UCUUUAUGGGAUUGUUAAUCACACCUCAUGGGAGAACUACCAAGCAGAGAAAUUUAGCAUAACAAAAGGUCUUGUGCAAGAAGAAGCCAUACGCUGAUGACUAACCCAAUCUAUUUAAGGAUGACUACUAAUCCGGAAAUGAUAUAUUCAAAGGCAACCGUUUCACUUGCUGUUCUCUGCAUAUGCAGCUUCAGUUUCCAGGUCGGUGCAUUUUCAUUAAAUAACUGCACAGUCGCCGGUGCCCUAAAUGACCCUUGGGAGUUGAAAGUUCUUUGCUACAAUAUGGGCUUCAGUACGGUUCCUUCAGCCAUACCCAGGAAGGCUAGCGUUCUCGACAUCAGCUUCAAUUCCAUUUCAAGAAUCAGCGUUGGAGAAUUUGAGGACCUUUGGAACUUGAGAGAGCUAAAUGUAUCUCACAAUAAGAUCUCAUGGAUACAAGAACAUACUACAGAACAUUUUCCCAACUUGAUCAAACUUAACCUGGCCUACAACAAGUUGCAAACAGUGCCAGAAUAUCUACUGCACGGUCUCACCAAACUGCAAGUGUUGCGUCUCGAUGGGAAUGUAAUUACAAGCAUUGACGAACAAGCUUUUAGCACUCUUCAGAAUAUGACAGUGCUGAACCUCACAAAAAAUAACCUCCAACAGAUUGCCAACGUCAAACCAGUGCUUUUGGCACUAAGGUUGGAGGAAUUGUCCAUCGGAAGUAACAAUUUCGAUGUUUUCGACUCAUAUAACCUGUCGAGUGUGGCUUUGUCGCUGAAAAAACUUGUUUUUUCUCACAAUCCCUUGACCAAGUUCCAAAUAACUGAGGAUAUAUUCCCAAAUCUAGAUUACCUUGAUAUAUCAUACUGUGGUCAGAACAAGACAAUGCUAUGGAAUAUUACUGAUAAGGCUUUUCUGAAUUCAGUAAAAGCACUGAACUUGACUGCAGUGCAGAAUCCAGACAAGACCAUCGCUGCUGUAUUUCAGAACACCUCCUGGGCUUCCUUGUCCAAACUCAGAUUAAGUGAAUUGAACUCGAAGAAGGUCGAGACUCUUUUACAGUAUGCAUGCUUGCCUGGACUUCGGGUCAUACGCCUGCAGCGCAACAAAAUUGCAAAUCUGACUGAUCAUAUGCUUGACCCCUGCUCUAACUUGGAAGAGCUCGACUUUGGAGACAAUGAAAUUUCUCAUAUUUCUGCGUCCGCAUUCAAAAAUCUAACACAGCUGAAGGUACUCCGUCUGCAAAUUAAUAAACUGACCUCGGCCAAAAAUUUAUUUCAGUAUCUUCCAAAGCUUGAAUUUAUAGACCUCAGUCGAAACAGGAUUAAUACGUUAACCUGUUCAGACUUUUCCAAUUUAACACAAUUGAAUAAACUAUAUUUGUACAGCAACAGUCUUUCUAAACUUUCUCCAUGCGUGUUUAAAGAUUUGAAUAAUCUUGAAAUUUUAUGGCUGGGGUCGAAUAAAUUAUUGACAAUUAAUGAUGUUUUUGCAAGUGGCCUGCCUUCUUUGAAGGUGCUGCAAUUGACAUUUAAUAAGUUGAGCACAAUUUGCAGGGAGAGCUUUAAGGGUUUGUCUAAUCUUACAAGCCUCAACCUUCAGGACAAUCAGAUUUCUGAGAUUGACGCAGAUGCAUUUUCAGGACUGCAAAGUCUAACCGAAUUAUUACUUUCCUCAAACAGGAUAACGGAUAAAACUAUAGGAACCCCAAACGUGUUCUCGGGCAUGCCUAACCUGAAAACACUAGAACUAUUUAGCAAUAUUAUUUCCUACGUCAACGAUUCGUUGCAGAGUCCUCCUUUCAGAAACUUAAGUUCGCUGGAGGUUUUGAGAAUUUAUAGUCAAAGACGAGGUAUUGGUAAAAUACCCUCAAACCUGCUUCAAGGUUUAAACUCUUUGAAGCGGUUCUACGGAGGAAACAUGAAUCUGAAUUAUCUCCAUCCUGAUACAUUUAACUCCACUCCUCAACUUUGGUUUAUGGACCUCUCAAAGAACGCCUUCGAAGAUGACGGAUCCAUAACCGCAUCAGUUUUCCACCCAAUUCCAAAUCUGAUGAAGCUUAUCAUCUCAAGAGCUCAAAUUCAUUCUCUGAAUUUCUUAAUCAAAGCAAACCUCUCCAGGCUGUGGGUCUUGAGAGCUACCGACAAUGUGUUAGAUGUCAUCAACCAAACAGUGAUUCAGUCACUGCCUCAUCUCAGACUCCUUGACUUGACCAAAAACACCUUCACUUGUGACUGUAACAAUGCUUUUUUUAUUGACUGGGCUUUGAAAAGUAAUUACACCCAGGUGAUUUACCUGAAUAGAUAUACUUGUAGAUACCCAGUGUCACUGAGAGGCAAGAGCAUUUUAGACCUCAAUACAGAGUUGUGUAAUGUGAAUAUCAACUUUGUCAUGUUUGUGUGCAGCUCUGUCAUUGUUACACUUACCCUUCUGGCUUCAUUCGUUUAUCAGUUCUUGUACUGGCAGGUUUUAUAUGCAUACUACCUAUUCAUCGCCUUCCUAUAUGACAGCAAAAGGAAACAGAUGCACCAGCAACAUGGAUUCAAAUACGAUGCCUUUAUUUCCUACAAUGUCCAAGAUGAACCUUGGGUUGUCGAGGAGCUGCUUCCUAAUUUGGAAGGUGAGCAGGGUUGGAGACUCUGUCUGCAUCAUCGAGACUUCGAGCCAGGAAGACCCAUCAUAAACAACAUCAUGGACGGGAUAUACAGCAGUCGGAAGACCAUUUGCUUGAUCACGCACAAUUAUUUGAGGAGUGUAUGGUGUUCCAAAGAAAUCCAGAUGGCCAACUUCAGACUGUUUGACGAGCAGAAAGAUGUAUUAAUCCUGAUAUUCCUGGAGGACAUUCAAACCUACCAGCUCUCUCCAUACUAUCGGAUGCGUAAGCUAGUGAAGAAGAAGACUUACCUCAAAUGGCCCAAACAUGGAGAAGACACGAGGGUCUUCUGGCAGAAACUGAGAAUGGCUUUAGAGACCAAGGAAGGCCCUGAAGAGGAGAAACCUCUUCUCAGUGGACAUAGGGAAUGCAAUAAUCAAACAAGCCUUAUUUAAAGUUCUGUAAAGGUUAUUAUUUAUGCAAUGUCUGGUUUUUUUUGGUUGGUUGUUUUUUAAAGCUAGACGGCCUUUUGAUUUCAUAAAAUCGGUGAAAUUUAGUUCCCUCUGAAAUGUGGUCAUUGUGAUAUAUGUUUAUUUCUGUAAUAUCUCACAAAAUAUCAGGCCAUUCUGUGGCUGGGAAGUUAUUUAAUUUGAGGGGAUUAAAGCAAAUAAUGUGCAUGAAAUCGCUUGCUUCGCGCAGUCGAGCAGACAGAGGAAGUCCGUGUGUGUGCACGCAUGCGCAGGUUUACCUUUGAGCGUGCUCUGACAGUUCCAUCAUUCUGUCGCUAAACGAACAGCUGAUCACACUGAGGCGCUCGCUGAGCGCCGAUAUUUAUUAGUUUGAUAUUUCCUGCGUUUCCUUUUCUUCUCACUUUCUUUCCGUUACUGUAGUCAGUCUUUGACGUUUCAUUCGCACACUCGCGUCCUUCAUUUUUCUCUCCUGUUUCAAAUUUGUAUCCCACAAUGCCUUGCGUGAACGGGGAAAGCCCACCACGUGACGCAUGACGUAGUAUCUUGAAUUGGGUCAUGGUGAAGCAGGAAAAAAUAGCGAAGAAUUUAGGGCCACAUGGCCUUAAAUUCAUUAAUUGUUCUAUUUUUUUUUAAACUAAUAAAAUUGGAAGUCUGUGAUUCGAAUUCAGUAGCUUUUGGUCCACUAAACAAAAAUAACUGGGUGUCGGGGAAAAUUCUUUUUAUGACCUACACUGGCGGCACGGUGGUGUAGUGGUUAGCGCUGUCGCCUCAUGGUGAUGAUACAUGGGGCAACUUUUUGGGCAAUGUUGCCGAGCAAUGUUGCUGGGCAAUUGCGUUUUGACUCUUUUCUAUUGAGAUUGGGCAACAUUGUUUCUUUCUGAAUGGUUUUGAUAAUCUCUGGCAACUUUUUGAGAUAAGCCAAUCAGAACGCGAGUAUCGAGUCAUGUGACCUCCGGUGAGGUUCGGAUCAGAAAUUUCAAACAAAUAUGGCGGCCGCUCAGUGUCAGUGGAGUGAAGAGAUGGAGAGAUUCCUCAUCUGUUUUUACGCCGGUAAGUUAUUUUAAUAUUCUAUAUGGAGGAAUUUACCUCACCAAAGCUCUCAAAAACAACAGACAGCUUGAUUAAAUGGUCACAGCAAAAAUUAAGACAUCGAUUUUUUUUUUAGCUAACUGUAAACUGCCGUUGCUAACUGUUGUUGCCCAUUGUUAGUUGCCCUGAAAAGUUGCCCUGUGUCUCACCUAGUUGCCCGUUGCCAGCAACAUUGCUCGGCAACAUUGCCCAAAAAGUUGCCCCGUGUAUCAUCACCUUCACAGCAAGAAGGUCCGGGUUCGAGCCCCGUGGCCGGCGAGGACCUUUCUGUGCGGAGUUUGCAUGUUGUCCGCGUGGGUUUCCUCCGGGUGCUCCGGUUUCCCCCACAGUCCAAAGACAUGCAGGUUAGGUUAACCGGUGACUCUAAAUUGACCGUAGGUGUGAAUGUGAGUGUGAAUGGUUGUCUGUGUCUAUGUGUCAGCCCUGUGAUGACCUGGCGACUUGUCCAGGGUGUACCCCGCCUUUCGCCCGUAGUCAGCUGGGAUAGGCUCCGGCUUGCCUGCGACCCUGUAGGACAGGAUAAAGCGGCUACAGAUAAUGAGAUGAGAUGACCUACACUUGAAAAAUCUGAAAGGCAGUCUAGCUUUAAUCAAUGUAUAAACUUUUUCAUUGUGUUCCACUGUCAAACACUGUCUCACUGUUUCAGAUAUAAAGUUAUGGUUAGAGUGGUGAGGAGAUACAGGAGCCGUGUCAGCAGCUUCACUUCGUCUAAAUUUGCCGACUGUUGAAACUAAAGUGAGCGCAGUAUGUGCUGACUUAGUAGUUGUUAUUCAUAGUGCUGAACGGCACAUCUCUGUGGGUUUCGUCUCCACUUUGUUCCCCCCAGCAGGAGACCUAUCCUCUACAUAGGAGGCUAUAAUGACCACAUACUCCGCAAAGCUGAUUAGCAUACAGGGGAAAAAUGUUCUCUUUAUUUCGAAAUGUUCUUGAUAGAUAGAUAGAUAGAUAGAUAGAUAGAUAGAUAGAUAGAUAGAUAGAUAGAUAGAUAGAUAGAUAGAUAGAUAGAUAGACAGACUUCAUUUCAACAGGGGGACCCAUUCAGCACAGCUGGUAUCCAUAGGGGCCCUGCAAAACCAUUCCGAUCCAACUUCCAUAUCAACUUCAAAAAUACAAUACAAAACUACACUCAUGUACGAUUUCAAAAAUACAUUACAACAAUUUUUAAAAAUCUCAUUAACAUGAUUAAUCCAAAAUUCAAUUAAAACUCCCACCAUGGUCUCAAAAGAAAAAUACAACGAAAACCUCAAGAAAAAAGAUAUAUGAAACUAACAAAAACAUCAUUAUAAUUCUAGAAUAUAAAUAAGACUAUGAAAAAUACAACCUAACGAGCCUUUUAAAUUGAUUUAGAGACACAGUUGAUUUAAUAUUUGCUGGCAAUGAAUUAAAAAGUACUGAACCUGAAUAUCUAAAAGUUUGUUGACCUAGCAUAAGCUUAGGUUUCAGUAAAUGCAGGUCAGAUUAAUGUUGAGUGUUAUAACCAUGAAUACCUGAAUUCCGAGUAAAAUAAUUGCUCAAAUAUUUAGGAAGUAAAUUACGAAGGUUUAUAUAAAUUAUGAACUAGCAAACACUUGUGAAUUUUCCUGUUUGUCUCCUGUUUAUCGCUGCUUACAUCUUACAAAAAAGUUCACAGUUAAUUAGGCUUGUCGUACUCGAGUCUGACUCGUACCCUAAUUUUAAGGACUUGUGACUCGGACUUGUGCAUUAACUGCAUUCGGACUCGUAAAUUGGACACAAGGACUCAGAUUUUUUCUUUAUUUUUUUGUAACAUGACAUAAUAAUUUGGCAUAAGAUAUUUAUAUCUACAUUAAUUUUAAUACUAAUUUCGUGAAAGAGAAUUCAGACGUCAUGUUCAGGAACAAACUGACGUUAAUGGCGUUAAAAUGCCUGGAGAGAACGCCGCUAGGAUUGUCCGCUUUGCUUCUACAGAUUUCUCGUGCAGUGGGGAAAAAAAUGCACUGCUACAGUAUGUGUUCUAUAUGUAGAAGAACUAUCGAGGAGACGACGGGGACGACCUCGAACUUCAAUAGUCAUUUGGUAAGACUCCACCCAGAGAAGGAAGUGACAUGCUUGAUGGUGGGCGGGGUUUGCUUGCUGAGCGAUGAACUAGCUAGUGUUAACCCUCUCUCAUGUUAUUUGCCCUGUUGAUAGUGGGUGGGGCUUGCUGAGCGAUGAACAAGCUUUAUGUCUGUAGCCUGUUAACUAAAACGGUGCAGUCGAGCAGGAACGUUAGUCCAAGACAGCAGCAGAGACGCUUUCACAUAAAGGCAGCGACAGACACCGUCAAAUGGUGCGGUUGGAGUCUUGUUCUCGGACUCGACUCGAAAUUUUCUUUAAUGGCUUGGACUUGAACACAUACAUGUCAACCUUUGGUCAAUCAAACCUGUAUAACCAACCUCCAAAAUCCGUAUUUCCCUUAUAAAAUCCGUAUAAGAUGCAAAUUAAAAUCAUUUACCUAAAAUUUGAAUGAUAAUAUUAACAAUGAUAUA